GAGGUCUUAGUGGAGCGUCUAGAGCUGUGUGUAGAGGGGCUGUGGAAGGCAGAGAGAUACGAGCUGAUUACACACAUUGCCAAGCUCAUUAUCCCUGUCUACGAGAAACGCCACGAGUUCCAGGUACAAGCCAAACAAACACACACACACACAUACACACGACCAUACACACACAAACAAGACUGAAAUGGAAAUUGAAUCAUCAAGAACAAAUGUUUAUGCAGUGUCUUUGUAAACUGGAAGCAGCUGUGAGAGGAGUCUAUCUGGCUGAAGUAGUAGUAGUAGUAGUAGUAGUUUUUAAAAUACCCAAAACCAUUCUGUGAUUGAAUGCAGUUGUCCGUGGGAAAAAUAGCUACUUUGUGAAUCCCACAAUGAGGAUUCUAUUGUCAGAUUAAGAGAAUUACAUUAAAGGGCACAGACAAUAUUGACUACUUCCUGUUUGUCUCUGUGAAGUUUUCCACUACUCUGUCCCUUGUGUUUAUAGAGCAUAAAUAAGCUCAGCCAGUCAGUUUAUGGAAUAAGUCCUCAAGCUAAAAUACUGUCCAUGAGAAGUUUACCCUAAUCAUGUUCCACUCGCCAUCUUCUCAUGCUAGGACUGUCUUCUCUUUGGCUCUGGCUUUAAAAAGCCUCUGGGCUAGUCCCAAAGGGCACUCUAUUCUCUACAUAGUGCCCUACUUUUGACCAAAGCCACUAUGGGCCCUGGUCAAAAGUAGUGCACUAAAUAGGGAAUAGGGUGCCAUUUGGAAUGCCGACUCUAUGUUGUGUCUGUUGCCAGUGGCACAUUCCUUUGGCCGAUUUCUGUUCUCUCUCGCUCUGAGGAGUGACACAGAUGUUAUUGUUUUAAAAUGGUGGUACAUAGAUCACCUGCUGAUUUACUGUACAUGUCAUGCAAUGAAGUAGUUCCUGAAAAUAUCACACACACACCCACUCAUACGCACUCAUACACACACACAUGGUUGCAAAGGGAGGGUAUAUUACUGGAAACCAAUGGUUCCUCUAAGCACGAAGUUGAACUUCAGUCAACUUUCUAGAGUUUUCCCUGUUAGUUAGCACUAUCAACAUGUCCCUUUACUGUGGCAAUUGUGAUCGAAUCAACGCAAUAUUAGCCACUUUUAAUGCAACAUGCUGAAACAAAACGAACUAUGCAAGAGAUUUUGUUGUAGACAGAACGUAUCAGAGUAGGAUUCUGCUGUGCAUGACUCAGCCCAUACUCUACACAGAACAGUGUGGCAUAACCAAUCAAAGCUGCAGUAGGCCUAUAUGCAAAUAGAUCAUUGACAUAUUGCCAUACUUGUUUUGAGAUCAAAGCAAGAGCUGCAUGUAGCCACGUGCACAUGUUGUUAAUGUCCUUUGCUAGUUAGUGAGUUAAUAGCCCUGUUAUAGAUAAUUUGUAGUCAGUAAUAGGGGAGUGAUUGCUUCAUUUGUAAAUUAUAUCUGAGUGUUGGAGCGUGGCCCUGGCUAUCCGUAAAUUUAAAAAACAAGAAAAUGAUGCCGUCUGGUUUGCUUAAUAUAAGAAAUUUGAAAUAAUUUAUACUUUUACUUUUGAUACUUAAGUAUAUUUUCUCAAUUACAUUUACUUUUGAUACUUAAGUAUAUUUAAAACCAAAUACUUCAAAACUUUUACUCAAGUAGCAUUUUACUGGUUGACUUUCACUUUUACUUGAGUCAUUUUCUAUUGAGGUAUCUUUACUUUUACUCAAGUAUGACAAUAGGAUACUUUUUCCACCACUGCAAAUAUGCAUCUGUUGGUCACAGAUACCUUUUUUUUUUUAAUGGGUUGUCCGUAGUUUAUGCCUGCCCAUACCAUAACCCCACCACCACCACGGGGCGCACUGUUCACAACGUUGACAUCAGCAAACCACUCACCCACACGACGCCAUACACAUGGUCUGUGGUUGUGAGGCCGGUUGGACGUACUGCCAAAUUCUCUAAAACGACGUUGGAGAAAUGAACAUUAAAUUAUCUGGCAACAGCUCUGGUCAGCAUGCCAAAUGCACGCUCCCUCAAAACUUGAGACAUCUGUGGCAUUUUGUUGUGUGACAAAACUGCACAUUUUAGAGUGGCCUUUUAUUGUCCCCAGCACAAGGUGCACCUGUGUAAUAGUCAUGCUGUUUAGUCAGCUUCUUGAUAUGCCAUACCUGUCAGGGGGAUGGAUUAUCUUGGCAAAUGAGAAAUGCUCACUAACAGGGAUGUAAACAAAUGUGUGCACAAAUUUUGAGAGAAAUAAGGAUUUUGUGCAUAUGGAAAAUUUCAUGGAUCUUUUAUUUCAGCUUAUGAAACAUGGGACCAACACUUUAUAUGUUGCGUUUAUAUUAUUUUUCAUUAUAUACAGUACCAGUCAAAGGUUUUGUAAUGAUGUCAUGUCAUAGGAUUGUGAGGACAGGGAAAGAGUUAAGAGAUGAGUGGUUUGGGGCCAUGAAGUCUACAUUCCAUUAUGUCAAGGUAGAUUAGUGAUGUUUAGAAUAGCAUGAGUGAUGGGCAGGAUACUGACUUGGGGUAAAGAGUAAUGAACAUCAAAGACAUGGAGUGCCCAUGGAGACUUAUAAUAAUAAUAAUAUAAUAUAAUAAUAUGCCAUUUAGCAGACGCUUUUAUCCAAAGCGACUUACAGUCAUGCGUGCAUACAUUUUUGUGUAUGGGUGGUCCCGGGGAUCGAACCCACUACCUUGGCAUUACAAGCGCCGUGCUCUACCAGCUGAGCUACAGCAGAAGGGUAAUAAAGGCUAUAUAAGGUAGAGUGUCUUCUUUGUUCAAGUUAGUUCAACUGACGAAGGGCAAAGCCAUGUCCGUUUGUUAGAUGAACCCACGAGCUCGUGAUUCAAUAAAAACUUGGUAUGAAAUCUCCACAGAAUGUCUAAGUAUAUCCUUGCAUCCUUGAUUCUUUGAUACCUGAGAAACUCAUCAUAACAGGUUUGGACAUACCUACUCAUUCCAUUUUUUUUUUACCAUGCUGGUUAAGUGUGCCUUGAAUUCUAAAUAGAUCACAGACAGUGUCACUAGCAAAGCACCCCCACACCAUAACACCACCUCCUCCAUGCUUUACGGUGGGAACUACACAUGCAGAGAUCAUCCGUUCACCCACACCACGUCUCACAAAGACACAACGGUUGGAACCAAAAAUCCCAAAUUUGGACUCCAGACCAAAGGACAAAUUUCCACCGGUGUAAUGUCCAUUGCUUGUGUUUCUUGGCCCAAGCAGGUCUCUUCUUCUUAUUGGUGACCUUUAGUAGUUGAUUCUUUGCAGGAAUUCGACCAUGAAGGCCUGAUUCACACAGUCCCCUCUGAACAGUUGAUGUUGAGAUAUGUCUGUGACUUGAACUCUGUGAAGCAUUUAUUUGAGCUGCAAUUUCUGAGGCUGGUAACUCUAAUGAACUUAUCCUCUGCAGUAGAGGUAACUCUGGGUCUUCCAUUCCUGUGGCGGUCCUCAUGAGAGCCAGUUUCAUCAUAGCGCUUGAUGGGUUUUGCGACUGCACUUGAAGAAACUUUCAACGUUCUUGAAAUGUUCCGUAUUGACUGACCUUCAUGUCUUAAAGUAAUGAUGGACUGUCAUUUCUCUUUGCUUAUUUGAGCAGUUCUUGCCAUAAUAUGGACUUGGUCUUUUACCAAAUAGGGCUAUCUUCUGUAUACCCCCCUACCUUGUCACAACACAACUGAUUGGCUCAAACACAUUAAGAAGGAAAUAAAUUCCACAAAUUAACUAUUAAGAAGGCACACCUGUUAAUUGAAAUGCAUUCCAGGUGACUACCUCAUGAAGCUGGUUGAGAGAAUGCCAAGAGUGUGCAAAGCUGUCAUCAAGGCAAAGGGUGGCUAUUUGAAGAAUCUCAAAUAACACUUUUUUGGUUACUACAUGAUUCCAAAUGUGUUAUUUCAUAGUGUUGAUGUCUUUGACUGUCCCUGAUGUUUUUCCUGGAGAGAAGUGGCUUCUUUGCUGCCCUUCUUGACACCAGGCCAUCCUCCAAAAGUCUUCGCCUCACUGUGCGUGCAGAUGCACUCACACCUGCCUGCUGCCAUUCCUGAGCAAGCUCUGCACUCGUGGUGCCCCGAUCCCGCAGCUGAAUCAACUUUAGGAGACGGUCCUGGCGCUUGCUGGACUUUCUUUGGCGCCCUGACGCCUUCUUCACAACGAUUGAACCUCUCUCCUUGAAGUUCUUGAUGAUCCAAUAAAUGGUUGAUUUAGGUGCAAUCUUACUAGCAGCAAUAUCCUUGCCUGUGAAGCCCUUUUUGUGCAAAGCAAUGAUGACGGCACAUGUUUCUUUGCAGGUAACCAUGGUUAACAGAGGAAGAACAAUAAUUUCAAGCACCACCCUCCUUUUAAAGCUUCCAGUCUGUUAUUCUAUCUCAAUCAGCAUGACAGAGUGAUCUCCAGCCUUGUCCUCGUCAACACUCCCACCUGUGUUAACAAGAGAAUCACUGACAUGAUGGCAGCUGGUCCUUUUGUGGCAGGGCUGAAAUGCAGUGGAAAUCUUUUUGGGGGAUUAAGUUCAUUUUCAUGGUGAAGAGGGACUUUGCAAUUAAUUGCAAUUCAUCUGAUCACUCUUCAUGACAUUCUGGAGUACAUGCAAAUUGCCAUCAUCAAAACUGAAGCCGCAGACUUUGUGAAAAUUAGUAUUUGUGUCAUUCUCAAAACUUUUGACCACGACUGUAUAUGAAAUAAUUAAAUAAUUAAAUCAUAAUAAAUAGAAUGACAAAGCUGUAAAAUAUUAUCCUAAAUAUAAACCAUCAACUUUGUGAAUACCAUUGGUGUUUAAUAUCCGGGUUUAAUAUCAGGGAAAUAUAUUUCGUUUUUUCUUAAAUCCUUAUUUAUUUAUUUAUUUAUUUACUAUGUCAAUAUGUAUUUUUUGUCAAUGUUUCAGUGCCAAACAGGUGGCAGUUGUGAAGAAAAGUCAAUAGUUGGAAGAGUUGCAGAGUUAAUUUAAAAUAAUGCCAUUGUUGAACUUUUCAACCCUACACACACACACACACACACACACACACACACACACACACACACACACACACACUAAUACCCAGUUUUGUGUAUGUUUCCUUCAGAAACUGAGCCGUCUGUAUGAUACGCUGCACAGAGCCUACAAUAAGAUCCUGGAGGUGAUGCAUACAGGACGGAGACUACUGGGGACCUACUUCAGAGUGGCCUUCUACGGGCAGGUGGGUCGGCAAGUGGACAUAAGAUGAAAGACACAAGUUCACCUUGUGUUUUCCUCCCAGUGUCUUUUAAUUGGAUACAUGCCCUUUGGGACUGCAUACCUGUGAAACACACUUAUUCUGGAUCAGACAGAGAGACAAUAUCCACACUAGCAUACCACUUCUAAGGAAACAAUGGAUUGAGCAUUAAGCGGUAUGCUAUUAUGGACAUCGGAAUAUAAGUUAAUCAAUGUUUAGUAUGCUGGCUCAACCAGUGGUUCUUCUCUGUCAGGGAUGGCGUGCCAAUUACUUGGGGACCUCGUCACAGUAAAAAGAGAAGUCAUGUGUUUAUGCUGUAUAUUUUUUAGAUGUUAUCUUCCUGUCUCUCUUCUGUUUGUUUGGGUAGAAAAUAAACUCAUUCUAUCAAUUACUGAAGAAAUAACAACAAUAGUGCUGGUCUGUCAUGUUCUUGCUAGCAUCAUUGAGGUACCAGUGGUUAGAUCUUGUCAUCUUCUUUUAACCAUGUCUGAUAUCAGUCCAUAUCGAGUGCCUGGGAACCCUAAAAUGUGGUCGUUCUCUUUUGGUAACUUCGCUACCUGACAGAUGGAGAUUAGAUUAAGGUGGAGUUACACCAAUCCCUUAGAGACUAGUGGCCUCUGAGGAGGAUGGUUGUGACGGGGCUAAAACAGCUAAAACAAACCUGUAAGGCUUAGAUUAAGUUUCACUUCUCUCUUCAGAUAUAUAAGGGAUGAUGGGUAUCUGAGUCUAUAUGUGAUGUUUUGUAUUUGGAGUUGUUUGGAGUUUCCUGAGGCCCAACGGGUAUCUCAGUUACUUUAAAGUAGCACAAAAAGGACAACCUUGUUUCAAAUAGAUGGAUAUUAGAAUAUCAUUAAUUCAUGUUUAAUUGUCAUGUUUUCUGAUGCAUGUUGUACAUAAAAAAAUGGCAAUAAAGAUAUUGUAAAACAUAUAUAUAUUAAGCAUUUUGAGAAAAGCACAGCUGUAAAUCCAUAUUACAAUAUAUUCCAGGAAAUAUCAGUCACAGAGCAUUAGACAUUUUAAUUUAUUGCAUAUUUGAGAGUGUAAUUGAAUUAUGACUGAAUAUGUUCCUCCCGAGUAGCCAGCAUGAACAUCCCACUGCCUCCAAUGGCUACUUUGUCUUGUUGACAGGGCUACUUCGAGGAGGAGGAUGGGAAGGAGUACGUGUACAAGGAGCCCAAACUCACCGGCCUAUCAGAGAUCUCUCAGCGCCUUCUAGGGCUCUACGGGGACAAGUUUGGAACGGAAAACGUCAAGAUCAUCCAAGACUCCAACAAGGUAGGAACUAUGGCUGCAUCCCAAAUGGCACCAUAUUCCCUAUUUAGUACACUACUUUUGACCAGAGUCCUAUGGGCCCUGGUCAAAAUUAGUCCACUAUAUAGGGAGUAGGGUGCCAUUUGGGAUAGCCUACAGAUUCCUAAAAGGGGGAAAUAGUGCAAACAAAUAGUUUGCUUCCUUUAUUGGAGUUGGAAACACCCUCCAGUCGGUUCUAUCUAACAACCCCAACCAUACUAAUCUCCUAUCUCCAACAGGUCAACCCCAAAGACCUAGACACCAAGUUUGCCUACAUCCAGGUCACCUUCGUCAAGCCUUACUUUGACGAGAAGGACUGUCCAGAGAAGAAGACGGACUUUGAGAAGUGCCACAACAUCAACCACUUUGUGUUUGAGACGCCGUACACGCUGACGGGGAAGAAACAUGGCGGCGUGGAGGAGCAGUGCAAGAGGAGGAGCGUACUCACAAGUUAGUUGCGCUUCACAACCUCUUUAAAACCAUAAAAAAACGAGUGAGCUUUACAACUUCAUUACAAUCAACAAAGUUAACCAGUUUAACAACUACUUAACUUCAUUUACAACAAUUAAAACACUUAUAAAUAGUUAGUUAGCGUUACAACCUCUUUAAAACCAUGUAAAACCAUUAUUAACACAACUACAAAAACCUUAUUUCAACAAAUUUGUUCGCUUUACAACCUUUUUACAACCUCUCUACGACCAUUUAAACACUCAAAACCUCCAUAUUUCAACCUUAAUUAGACAAACAGAAUAACACUGUUUGUGUGGUGCGCUGGAGACAAAGAAGUAUACAAGCUUUUCAAUGAAACCCAUCCACUGCACACAGCUUGUUUCACUUAUUAUUAGAUGAGCUACACUAACAUCUAAACCAUUGGAUAAUUACUGCAAGUUCAUGAACCCACUAAAUUCAUACAACUACUUUUUAAAGCACUAGGAUAGAGACAAGAAAGGAUGGUUAUGAUGGUGACAUCGGUUCCACAUUACCCUUAAAGGAAAACUUCCCUCAAAAACGAUCAUUUGGUAUUUUCUUCAUUAGUCCACAGUUUUUUUUGUCCAUUUUGCAUCAUCAUGAUGAUGUGGCCGGUGACACUUUGUUUGCUUCUUGAAAGUUCAAUAUCUUGAAAACUUGAGUGCUGACAUGCAAAACAUUUUGGGACUGUAUAACAGAGGACUAAUGAAUAAAAUACCAAAAUAUAGUUUUUCAGUGGCUUUUUCCUUUAACAGUAGUAAACAUUAUUUCUUAGAAUUGACAGAGAAGGUUUCCAGCUAACCACUUGCUAAUUCCGCUGAUUAGGUUACCAGCAUUACAAUAACUGAUAACUGAAGCGCUAUAGGACAAUUUAAAUGGCUUAUAUCCACUGCAAUUGUUUAUCAUGUGAUGAUAUAGACAUUUUGAUUGGCCAUUGUCAUUGGCCGGUUAAUGAUUAUUCCACUGUCACCACUGACAUUAAACAACAGCUUGCCCACCUGUCUCAAAUAUCUGUUAUCAUAGCUGCUCACAGACCUGGCACACAGGAUGUUACACAUAGACCAACCAAUAUGCACUAAAAGCUUUAUCACGUGUGGUUUGUUUGUUUUAGGGAUGUUUACAGAAUGUUGUUGCAAUAAAAUUGCGGCUCAACAUGACCUGUUCGUAUAUUUGACCCAGGACUGCCAGUUAGUUAGACUUUACCACUUCUCUACAUUUCAAAUGUUAGCUUCCGAAGAGUGUCAGAGUUUCUCAGAAAGGCCGUUUCAGAACAAUACUACAAUACGAUUUCAGAAAAACAAGAGAAGGUGACAGAAAAAGGACUCCAGUGUCAAGAAGCUACUUGGAACUGUGCUAUUUACUCUGCUCCCUAGCUGCCAACACAUUCCCAUACAAGGAGAAUAAAGGAAACCGUAACUGGAAACAUAACCCAGGUUUAUCAUAAUUAAUUAACGUUAUCAUGUGUUUAUAUGAGACCUGAUUAUGUGUGGUGUGUCUCCUGGGCAGCGACCAACACGCUCCCCUUUGUGAAGAAUAAAUCUGUUGGUGCUCUUGCCAACUCCAUUACUGUUGUUGUCAAGCCAAAUUCUCAUGAGGGUAGGAAUAGACUGGCCCCCAGGCUAGAGAAAUUAUAUAAAGUGUUCUAAAAUGUUUGUAAUAAUAGGUUACGUUAUAAAAUGUGUGAAUAUGCUGAAUGGUGUAUAUUUCUCCUGUCCAGCGGCCAACACGUUUCCGUACGUGAAGAAGCGUGUGGAGGUGUUGGGGGAGAAGCAGGUAGAGCUGAAACCUGUGGACGUGGCCAUCGACGAGAUGUGGGCGCGCACCGCCGAGCUGACCAAACUCUGCUCCUCCCAGGAGGUUGACAUGAUCCAGCUGCAGCUCAAACUGCAGGGCUGUGUCUCUGUACAGGUAGACCAGAUCUUACUGUAGCUACAUCACUGUGUUCCUUUUGCAUUUUAUUAGGAUCCCCAUUAGCUGCUGCCAAGGUAGCCGCUACUCUCCCUGGGGUUCAAACAGGAAACAGCUAGUGCAUUCAGGGAACACCACUGACUGACGUCAGACCUUAACACUACAGCUUAUCACCACAACAAACUGCAAGGCUGUGUCUCUCUGUACAUGUAGAUGUUAUUUCUAACCGCUAUCAGAUCAUUGCGUGUUCAUGCAGGUAUUCAUGUUUUCAUGCCAGAACUUGUAGUGUUGAUUUUAGGGUUUGGUCCUAAAAUCAGUAGGUUAAAACCUACAGGAGGGUAGCUCUUCCGGAACAGAGUUGGGGUUAAAACCUACAGGAUGGUAACUUUCCCGGAACAGGGUUGGGGUUAAAACCUACAGGAUGGUAACUCUCCCGGAACAGAGUUGGGGUUAAAACCUACAGGAGGGUAGCUCUCCCGGAACAGAGUUGGGGUUAAAACCUACAGGAUGGUAACUCUCCUGGAACAGAGUUGGGGUUAAAACCUACAGGAGGAUAGCUCUCCCAGAACAGGAUUGGUCCGUCCUGCUCAAGUCUUUCCCCUGGCAACUCACCUAGAUGAACCACUAUGGUUUAGCCAAUGAUGUUAUCAUUGUGCUGCGUGUUGAUAUAGAUUGGCAGCAUAAGGGUUACCCAACACUACCUGAGAGUGAAGCUGAAUACCUAAGAUAUUCAUUACUCUUAAAGAUUGUUACUCCUUCCCUUGUCUUGUGUGCCACAGGUUAAUGCUGGUCCUAUGGCGUACGCCAGAGCCUUUCUGGAUGACUCCAAAACCAGCAAGUCCAACAAUAAGAAAGCAAUCGAGCUCAAGGAAAUAUUCAGGUGUGUGUAGAUUACCCAACCAACAACGCACUACCAUGCCAAGAUAUCAGCUACACCGCAAAGCUCAAACUCAAGUUGUGUAGCAAAUCAUUGAAUAUGUAAUCCCCUUAAUGGGUAACUAUUAUUAAUAUUUGAUGAAGUAAGACUUUCUGAACAGCACCAUCUGUCCCCAUGUAACUCUUGGUGUGUGUCCGUGGGUUUGUGUGUCCGUAUGUGUGUGUGUGUCCUGUCUAUGCAGGAGGUUUGUGGAGGCCUGCAGCAUGGCGCUGGACAUCAACGAGCGUCUGAUCAAGGAGGACCAGUUUGAGUACCACGAGGGCCUGAAGGGCAACUUCAAAGACAUGGUGAAGGAGCUGUCGGACAUCAUCCAUGAACAGGUGACAUGGGGGGAGGGGAGGAGCUGUCAGACAUCAUCCAUGAACAAGUGACAUGGGGGGAGGGGAGGAGCUGUCAGACAUCGUCCAUGAACAGGUGACAUGGGGAGAGGGGAGGAGCUGUCAGACAUCAUCCAUGAACAGGUGACAUGAGGGGAGGGGGAGGAGCUGUCAGACAUCAUCCAUGAACAGGUGACAUGGGGGGAGGGGGAGGAGCUGUCAGACAUCAUCCAUGAACAGGUGACAUGGGGGAGGGGAGGAGCCGUCAGACAUCGUCCAUGAACAGGUGACAUGGGGAGAGGGGAGGAGCUGUCAGACAUCGUCCAUGAACAGGUGACAUGGGGAGAGGGGAGGAGCUGUCAGACAUCAUCCAUGAACAGGUGACAUGGGGGGAGGGGAAGGAGCUGUCAGACAUCAUCCAUGAACAGGUGACAUGAGGGGAGGGGGAGGAGCUGUCAGACAUCAUCCAUGAACAGGUGACAUGGGGGGAGGGGGAGGAGCUGUCAGACAUCAUCCAUGAACAGGUGACAUGGGGGGAGGGGGAGGAGCUGUCAGACAUCAUCCAUGAACAGGUGACAUGAGGGGAGGGGGAGAAGCUGUCAGACAUCAUCCAUGAACAGGUGACAUGGGGGGAGGGGGAGGAGCUGUCAGACAUCAUCCAUGAACAGGUGACAUGAGGGGAGGGGGAGGAGCUGUCAGACAUCAUCCAUGAACAGGUGACAUGGGGGGAGGGGGAGAAGCUGUCAGACAUCAUCCAUGAACAGGUGACAUGGGGGGAGAGGGAGGAGCUGUCAGACAUCAUCCAUGAACAGGUCAGCCUUACAAAAACACACAGAUGCACACAAAAUGACAAACAGAAAUGAUAUAUUUUUGUCUCUGGCUCUCAUAAUUUUCCUGACCACGCUCUCUAGAGGUCUCACAUCAGUUCCUCUCCUCCUCCUCCUAGGCUCUCAUCCUCCUCUCCUCCCUCUCGAGUAAACACCAGAAAACCCUUUGUUCAAACCAGAUUUUCUGCAAGGCCUCCACUGUAAACUGCAGUCCGUAAUUGAAACAACAACAAAACGGUUGCCCCGCCACUUGUUUUGGUAUACAGCUGAGGGAUGGGGCUAUGGAAAUGUAGGCUAAUCCCUCUCAAAUAGACAAGGACUGACAGUCCAUGGCAUUCACAUUUUUUACCAUAUUUAGAAGGUCUACAUUGUUAGAAUAACCUUAUAUUUUGGGUUAUGACAGUUGUACUAAGCUCAUGAAGCAUUUGUAAGUGAUAUUCUUCAAGGAUCAAUGGAUGUACCAAUCACAGACUUUAACUUUAAGUAUCUGUGAAUAAUGAUGUUUACAUUUAACAUGUUAGUCAUUUAACAGACACUCUUAUCCAGAGCGACUUUAGGGUUAAGUGCCUUGCUCUAGGGAACAUCGCCUGAUUUUUUAAACCUAGACUGCUCAGGGAUUCAAACCAGCGACCUUUCGGUUACAGGCCCAACACUCUUAACCGUUAGGCUACCUGCCGCAAAAAUGGUUCUCUUUGACCAAGGUCAUGUCUCAUGUCCUGAAUCUAUUUUUCUCUCAUGUACCAUCUCUUUCUCCUGACUUUAGUUUGGCAGCAAAUGAAAAGUGUUUUUCUGUCUUAACGUUUUCUUUCCUUUUCUGUCUAUAACACUAACUUUCCCCUUUCUUCUGUCUAUGCUGCCCCUUACUGCGCCUUAGAUUUAAGAAAUGCCAGGUAAUUUGAUACCCUCUGUGGAGUUAUGUUGCAUAUUCAUUUCUACUUGAAACACACACCUGUCAUCACCUCCUUAACCUCCCUUUAAUCAUUGUCAGUGAGUAAAGGUGUUUGUGGGUUGAUAUUCACUGAGGGUACAAAACAUUAGGAACACCUGCUCUUUCCACGACAUAGACUGACCAGGUGAAUCCAGGUGAAAGCUAUGAUCCCUUAUCGAUGUCACUUGUUAAAUCUACUUCAAUCAGUGUAGAUGAAGGGGAGGAGACAGGAUACAGAGGGAUUUUUAAGCCUUGAGACAAUUUACAUAUGGAUUGUGUAUGUGUGCCAUUCAGAGGGUGAGUGGGCAAGACAAAAGAUUUAAGUGCUUUUGAACUGGGUAAGGUAGUAGGUGCCAGGUGCACCGGUUUGUGUCAAGAACUGCAACGCUGCUGGGUUUUUCACGCUCAACAGUUUCCUGUGUGUAUCAAGAAUGGUCCACCACCCAAAGGACAUCCAGCCAACUUGACAGAACUGUGAGAAGCAUUGUGGUCAACAUAGGCCAGCAUCCCUGUGGAAUGCUUUCGACACCGUGUAGAGUCCAUGCCCCGACAAAUUGAGACUGUUCUGAGGGCAAAAGGGGGUGCAACUCAAUAUUAGGAAGGUGUUCUUAAUGUUUUGUACACUCAGUGUAUGUGGCAACGGUGUGUCUGUCUGGGUCUGUCUGCAUCAGACCUCCAAUCAAAUACUGUCGGCACUCCAGGUGGCUUUAGCAAACGCUCAAAAUAUUUGACCGCAGGUCUGUGUCCCAAUGCUGUUCUGGGAAGACGCCCUGGGUUCCAUUUUGACAGCAAUAAUGUGUGGAUUUGUCAUUUAUUUUCAGAAACUCCAUUAUAUGCUUGUAUGGUGUGUGAAUGCGAUCACUGAGAUGCAUGUAUUGCUAUCACGUGACUGGUUGACCAAUGAUGCUAAUGAUGUGUGUUGUUGUAUCUGACUCUAUCACUGUAGAUCUUCCAGGAGGAUAUGAUGCGUUCACUGCUCCAGAACUCCUUACACGUAUUCCGUGCCAUCAGUGGGACGUCUACAGACCUGGGCUAA